CCUCUUUGUGAACUCUUGCUCCGAACCAGAACUUGUUUUGUCUCCGGUUCUAUUCUUCUGAACAUAUCUGACGUGUUGGCUGAAAACAUAGGACGAGCCGUUCUUACAGCAAUACGGUCUUUUACAAAUGGAUCGGCACCAGCAUCCGUCACAGAACCACCGCAACCAGUGGUUUCCUCUCGGGCCACCGAUGCAAAUCUGAGACCAAUCGUUGCAACCACCUCCAAUGGAGGAGCAACGAGCCGCUCGGUUCAUGAGAACACUAACCACCCAGAACUCCCGCAAGACGCCAAUUACUCGGAUGAAUUCCAAGGAAGGCAUCAGAUAUCCAAAGAAGAGUUGGAAAAUGUUCUUUCACUGAGAACUACCUUUACAGAAGCAGCUUCACUUCUUUCUGUUUCAAGGCAAACAUUUUACAAGUUACUUAAAGAUCAUAACAUCCCAGCCUCAAAAUAUGUCAGCAUUAGUGAUGAACAGUUGGAUACUAUCAUAUCACAAAUAAAAACUGGACAUCCAAAUAUUGGGGAAGUUAUGCUUAUGGGACAUCUGCGCUCCAGAGACAUUGUAGUUCAAAGAAGGCGUUUAAGAGAAUCUUUACACAGAGUUGAUCCAGUGGGUAUCCAGUCAAGAAGAUCAUCCAUUGUCAGACGAGUAUAUUCUGUCCCACAUCCCAAUUUCAUAUGGCAUAUAGAUGGAAACCAUAAGCUAAUUCGUUGGAAGUUUGUUGUCCAUGGUGCUAUAGAUGGGUACAGUAGAAUGCUAAUGUUUCUUCACUGCUCCAACAAUAAUCGUGCUGAAACUGUUAAAGACCUCUUCACUGUUGCGGUUGGACAUUUUGGCCGACCACUUCAUAUUAGGACUGACCAUGGAGGAGAAAAUGUCAGAAUUUGGGAAGAUAUGCAAUCAAUCAGGGGUGAAAGUUCUGUUUUAACAGGAAGUUCAGUCCACAACCAGAGAAUUGAGCGUUUUAAUAGAGACUUAAACAACAACUGUAGCAAAGUUUAUGCACCAACAUUCUAUGCUUUGGAGUCAUUAGGUUGUCUUAACUUGGAAAACCCAACAGAUUUAUUCUGUCUUCAUUAUGUAUAUUUACCCAGAAUCAACCGCACAUUGGAGGAAUUCAAAGCAGCAUAUAACAACCACUCUAUUUCAUCUGAAGGAAACAAAACUCCAGUUCAACUUUUCUCACUAAACAGUUUUUGGCUCCACAACCCACAACAGUCAGCAAGAGACGUCCUCUCAGUAAGCGACCAGAGUGAGUUCAUGCCCUUGACCAGCAUGGAAAUGCAAGAACUUUCUGUUACAAUCAACCCUCUUGAAAAUGACAAUGAUAAUGGAAAAACAUUGUUUCAGAGAACACAGCAGUUUGUUUUCAACAAACUUGUAUGAAUGAACUCCUAAGUCUGACUAAUGUAACACUUACACUUUUGAAAAACUUCUGUAAAUAAAUGUUAGUACGUAAA